AUGUUCGGAGCACUGAAAGCGGUCUUGCCCAGAGUCGGCAACAAAGAUCACAAGUAUAGCCCUCUCAAGAAAGUCCGCUUCGACCAGGUUGAAGGGACCGACUCCGACUCCGAGGCUCAGACACUAAUGCCAGGCCAUGAAAAGGCGUCGGGGCCGCGUCAUCGGUGGUGGUGUGGCUACGCGUUGAUCUUCCUACUUGGAGUGUCAGUGUUUGUGAAUGUUAUGCAAUACGUUAUGGUAGCCCUGGAGGCAGGAAAGCAUUCACCGCACGAUGUCAACGACGUUUGCUCCUCUUGGACCUCAGAAUACCCAUCGCCCAUCAUGGAUGAUACACAAAUCACUUGGCAGACAACUGAGUACAACGACUCAUUCUUGACGCAAUCUCGUUAUCGCGGACCGCCCGGAUCAGAGACAGAUAAGCUUUGGUUUGACCUGGGCACCCGAAACCGACACUAUAUUGUACCGGAACACCUCGGAGAGCGUUAUGGCCUCAAGCAGGGCCAUGCCAAGAUCGAUCCAAAGCUGGGUGGAGGCUUUCCUGUAUUGUUCCAGUUUGAACAUGACCUACAUUGUCUGAAUCUCAUGCGGCAGGCAUUGUACUGGAACUAUGAUCAUUAUGUUGCCCAAGGUGAAGGACCAUUUGCCGGAACUCCAUACGUCAUUGAACGACAUGUUGGGCAUUGUAUGGAUAUGUUGCGACAGGCGUUGAUGUGUCAGCCAGAUACACAGGUCUUUGGACAGUAUUGGAUUGGCGACACUGACAAUGCCUUCGUCGACUUCAAUACAAGGCAUAGAUGUAAGAACUUCUGGGCGCUGAAAGAUUGGGUCACUGAGCACCAGAUGAGUGAAGAGAUGGCGGCUGUAGCGAAAGUGGUAAGGCGACCUGGAGACAUUGUUCUUGAGCACAUACCCUGA